GGGUGGGGUCAACAAAGCCAAAGGAAUGCUCCUCCACAGAAAUUUGAUGAUCUCAAACUCUGUCAUUCAUCGGCCCCUUCUCCCUCGGCUCACAUUCCUCCGCCUUUUUUCCAAUGUCGCCCUCUGCCGCCGUCUUCUCUGUUUACCCGUCAUCGGCCAUCGAAACCCUCAGAACAACUAGGAUCACAGACAGACACAUGCCACCACCACCAUCAUCAUCAUCUUCAUUUUCUCCUUUCCUUGGUAUCACUCUCAAACGAGCCUCGCUUCGGUCAAUCAAUCACGGUAGUAACAUGCCACGACGCACCACGCUCCUCAUGGAAUGGCAGGACUGCACGGUUAAAAUGGAAAUCGAUGUACCAAUUUCGGUAGCCUAUAAUUGCUAUUUGGAUAGGGAAGCGAUCCCUCGUUGGAUGCCCUUCAUUUCAUCUGUCAAGAUAUUAGAAGAGAAGCCUGAGUUAUCACGGUGGUCUCUAAAGUAUAGCGCAUUUGGGCGUGAUCUUGAAUUCUCUUGGCUUGCUCGUAAUAUGCAGCCAAUCCCAAAUCAAAAAAUCCACUGGAGAUCUUUAGAAGGUCUGCCUAAUAGAGGAGCUGUACGAUUUUUUCCCAAAGGUUCUUCAUCAUGCUUAGUUGAACUAACUGUUUCAUAUGAAGUACCUCAAUUAUUGGCCCCUGUGGCAUCUGCGCUACAACCUUUCCUUAAGAAUUUGCUGGGAAACGGCUUGGAAAGGUUUGCAAAUUUUGCAAGGACAUACCAGCAUGAGUCUUGAUACACAACACAAAACAUUCAUCAUAUUAUCUUUUUCUCCGGGUAAAAUGUGAAGAAGCUGUGUAAAUUCAUUCUGUCAUGGUGAUGCUGAUGGUGAUGAUAUGUUUAGACUUUAGAUAGAUACUUUUCCUUAAAAGGAAAUAUUAUAAAACAAUCAUUUUUCGGCUCACCCAUUUAUUUACAGUGGACUCCAUGUAUGUAUGUAUUAAAAACACAACUAAUAUUCUCCCUC